CCAACCAACACCCAAAUCACUCAAAUUCUCUUUCUCCUCUUUUCGUUUUUAGGGGGGCGUUGGAUUUUUAUUAUUUCAUUCAUUAAUUUGUUCAUUUUUGCUUUUUAAACAAAAGGGGUUGCCAUUUUUUUGCUCUUCUUUCAUGGCAUUGGCAAUACACAUUAAAUAAGUCACGUAUCAGUUACUAAAAGCCACAUUGAUGUCUCCUGUUCUGUAAAGGUUGUAACCUUUUUGUUGUUGUAAAUUGCCAAAACCUUUUUUGCUACACACCUUCUAUAUCUUCACACAUUGCACUUAAAAUCAAAUCCAAUUUCAUCACGAAAUGGUGCUUAAAGGAUCAAGCUUACGGCAAAGACUUGCCGUCGUUCUAGUUCUUUCUGUUUUUGCUCUUGUUCAGGCUGAGGAUCCUUACAGAUUCUUCAACUGGAAUGUUACUUAUGGUGACAUUUACCCACUUGGUGUUCGCCAGCAGGGAAUUCUUAUUAAUGGGCAAUUUCCAGGGCCUGAUCUCUAUUCUGUUACUAAUGACAAUCUCAUCAUCAAUGUUUACAACAACUUGGAUGAACCUUUUCUUUUAUCAUGGAAUGGGAUGCAGCAAAGGAGAAACUCGUACGAGGAUGGAGUGUACGGCACAACAUGCCCAAUCCCACCGGGCAAGAACUUCACUUACAUUUUACAAGCGAAAGACCAAAUCGGUACCUUUUACUACUUUCCAUCCCUUGCUUUCCACAAGGCUGCUGGUGGAUUUGGAGGCAUCAGGAUCCUCAGUAGGCCCAGAAUCCCGGUCCCUUUCCCCGACCCUGCCGGCGAUUUCACUGUUCUUAUCGGAGACUGGUUCAAGACUGACCAUAAGAAACUGCAAGCCAAGCUAGAUAGGGGUCAUAAACUUCCCUUCCCUGAUGGUAUUCUAAUCAAUGGUCAUGGUCCUAAUGGUGCAUUCUUCACAGUUGAACAAGGCAAAACUUACAGGUUUAGGAUCUCAAAUGUGGGGCUUCAAAAUUCACUGAAUUUCAGAAUUCAAGGUCAUAAAAUGAAGCUGGUGGAAGUAGAGGGAACCCACACCGUUCAAACCAUGUAUGAGUCACUUGAUGUCCAUGUGGGUCAAUCCUAUUCGGUGCUUGUUACCAUGGAUCAAUCUUCCCAGGAUUUCUACAUUGUGGCCUCAACUCGUUUCACUGACAAGAUCCUUACAACUACUGCCACUCUUCAUUACAGUAACUCCAACAAGGCAGUUUCAGGCCCUAUUCCCGGUGGACCAACCGACCAAAUCAACUGGUCUCUUAACCAGGCUCGAUCCAUCAGGACAAACCUGACAGCAAGUGGACCAAGGCCAAAUCCACAGGGAUCAUAUCACUACGGUCUUAUUAACAUAACCAGAACAAUCAAACUAGUGAGCUCAGCUGAUCAAGUCAAAGGGAAACAAAGAUACGCAGUUAACAGUGUUUCUUUCAUUCCAGCUGAUACACCUUUGAAACUAGCUGACUACUUCAAAAUUGGAGGUGUUUUCCGAGUUGGAAGCAUCUCGGAUAAGCCAACCGGUCAAAACAUGUACCUUGAUACAUCAGUCAUGGGUGCUGAUUUCCGUGCCUUUGUGGAAAUUGUGUUUGAGAACCAUGAAAGCAUUGUCCAGAGCUGGCACAUUGAUGGAUAUGCCUUUUGGGUUGUUGGCAUGGAUGGAGGAUUGUGGACACCGGACAGUCGUAAAGAGUACAAUUUAAGAGAUGCAGUUUCACGGUCCACCACACAGGUAUAUCCAAGAUCAUGGACUGCUAUUUACAUGGCACUUGAUAAUGUUGGAAUGUGGAAUGUGAGGACUGAAUUUUGGGCUCGGCAAUAUCUGGGACAGCAGUUUUACUUGCGAGUUUAUUCACCUGUGAAUUCACCGAGGGAUGAAUAUCCUAUUCCAAAGAAUGCCCUGCUCUGUGGCAGAGCCCAAGGGAAAAGCACAAGACCUCUCUGAAACAUUUGCACCUGAAACUGUUCUUAAUUAUUUAACACCAUUACAAAAGUAUAAAAUAACCAAAGCUUUAAGCUCUCUUAUUCUUUUUUUUUCUUCGGAAUUUGUAUUUGGUUUGUAACCAUAGAAUUGUCAAUAAAUGUAUCACAUUAAGCAUUCUUUUGUUGUGUAAAAGAUUAUAUUAUAAAGUUCAAUCUCUGUUAUAAAUAAAUCCUGUAAACCUUACUCUA